AUGUCAAAGGAGUUCUAUGAGGACAAGGACCUCGUUGAGAAGUACCGCGGCGUGUCUGUGGAGGUUCUCAGUGCUUUGUUCCCGGACCAGAAAAAGGACGUGUUUGCAAAGGUUGUUGAUUUCGAGAAGACACUUGCUGCAGCAUCUCCUAGUCAGGAAGAUCGUGAAGAUGUGACGGUAAGCUCUACACCUCCGUCAUUUCCAGGACACACAUUGACGUUUGGCAAGAAAUACUACAACCCAAUGCUCAUCGAGGAAGCUGCCGCAAUCGCUCCAGAGAUCGAGUUGAAAGCGCUGAUCGAAGGUCAAGCGCCUGAGCAUACCAAAGUAGGGCGCGUUAUUGUCAUGACACCGGACUAUCUCAAGCAGCUCUCUGUUAUCCUCGCUACUACCGAAGACGAUGUAUUGCAAAGCUACUUCCUAUGGAAGGCGAUUCAAUCACUCUCUACUUACAUUGAUGCGGAUGCUAUCAAGCCUUAUCGGCGCUUUGUUAAUGUGCUCGCUGGCAAGGAUCCUGAUUCCGCCCCUGAAAGAUGGCGCACAUGCGUUAGUCACGUCGAUGGUGGCUUGGGCUGGAUCCUCAGUCGAUUCUUUGUUGAAAAGGCCUUUUCUGCUGAGGCGAAGGACUUCGGCGACACUAUCAUUACCGACAUCAAGACAGAAUUCACCAAGAAGCUCAAUGCUGCUGACUGGAUGGACGACGAUACGACGAAGAAGGCUGUUGAAAAGGUUCAUAAUAUUGUCCAGAAGAUUGGUUACCCGACCAAGAGUCCUGACAUUAUGGAUCCUCCCACACUUGAGAACUACUACGAGUCUGUUAAUGUAUCUUCCGACGCGUUCUUCCGAAACGCUCUUGCUAUGCGCCGUUUUGGUAUAGAUGAAGAGUGGUCAGCUCUGGGCAAGCCUGUUGAUCGCGACCAAUGGGACAUGACCGUGCCGACUGUCAACGCAUAUUACAACCCCCCCGGCAACGAGAUCGUUUUCCCGGCUGGCAUUAUGCAAUUCCCAGUCUUCGACGUUGACGUUCCUGCUUACAUGUCGUAUGGCGCGUUCGGCUCCGUUGCUGGCCAUGAAUUGAGCCACGCAUUCGAUUCCACAGGCCGCCACUACGAUCAGAACGGCAACUACACAGACUGGUGGUCGGAGUCAACCAUCAAAGCAUUCAAGGAGAAGACGGACUGCUUCGUCAGCCAAUAUGGAAAUUUCACUGUCCCAGGGCCAGAUGAUAAGCCACUCCAUGUGAACGGUCGUCUUACGCUUGGCGAGAACAUCGCCGACGCAGGAGGACUGUCUGCAUCAUUCCAAGCCUGGAAGCGUCGCGCUGCUGAGAAGCCCAACAAGGAUCUACCUGGACUAGAUCAUUUUACACAAGAUCAACUCUUCUUCGUCAGCUACUCUAACUGGUGGUGUGGGAAGACAAGGAAGGACACAGCUAUUAAUCGCAUUUACACGGACCCCCACGCGCCCAAAUGGGCCAGGAUAUUGGGGACAAUGGCAAACAGCCGUGAAUUCAGAGAGAGCUUUCAGUGCAAGGUCAAGGAGCCGACGUGCCAGCUAUGGUAG